AUGUGGCGCCUGGUGCUGGGCCGCGGCGGGGCGCGGGCGGGCGGCCUGGCCCCCGGCCCGCCGCCCCCCGGCCCCGGCCCCGGCCCCGGCGCGGGGCUGCCCCAGGGCGGCGGCGCCGAGCGCCCAGCCGGGUGGCAGAAGGGGCGGCAGCGCGAUGGCUGGAAGCAGGAGCAGGCGGCGCAGGCCCUUCCCCGCCUGGUUCCCCGCUACUCCGUUCUGGACGCCGUCACUUGGGGAGCCCUCACUGCGCUGCUCCUGCAGCUGGCCAGACAGAUCUCCUGGCUGAGGUCUCUGCCGGAGACCUGGAGAGAGCACAGGGCUCCCUGGCUGCUCCGUUCUUCACUGCCUUCUCAGCAGUCAGUGGUGACUGAAGCCUCAGCCGGCUGUCCCAGGAGGCAGCUGCGGUCGCACUUCCUGCAGGAAGCAGGUCCAGGUGUAGUACCAGAGAAGUCAUCCUCGGGCAUCCCCCCAGGGCAAGGAGAGAGCCAGCCCUGUGCAGACCUAGGAGAGUUCCAGAUUCCCGAGCGCUCCAGCCCAGGGCCGGCUCCCCGCAGUACACAGGGUUACCUAGCACGGCAAGGGCAUUUACAGGAAGCUGCUUUCCAGUUGCAGCAGAUUUUCCGGAUUGAUAUUUCCAUUGCAUUCAACAUCCUUGGGAUUGAAAGUAUGAGAGCAGGCCACUACAAGGCAGCCUAUACCUGCUUCAAACUCGCAGCAGAUCGAGGCUACAGCAAAGCCCAGUUCAAUGUGGGUCUGUGUUACGAGCAUGGCAGAGGCACGGAAAAAGACCUGGAAAAGGCAGCUUUUUAUUACUACCAUGCAGCCAGCAACUGUCACCCCAUGGCACAGUACCACUAUGCUAGAUGCCUCUUAUGCCACAGACCUGAAAAUGAAUGGGACAGUCUUCAGAAGGCAGUGACUUUUCUGGAGCAGGCAGCAAUGGCCGGGAUUACAGAGGGACGGCCUUUCAUGUUUCAUGCCCAGAGAAUCUGCAGCAUGGAGGCAUCAACCUUCAGUGAAGAGAAGCAGCCGUAUCCAACAGAGAGGGGUCUGGAGCAAAGCAGAUUUAACAUUCCUAGAAAGCAAAGGGGUAAAGAGCUGUUCAGAUGACUUCAGCAGGAAGGAAGCUCCAGAUCUCUGUCAUGCUUGCAGUCACUAGCCAAGGUUCAGCAGAGAACAGGAGACUUCUACCAGAAAUUCCUGCUCUCUUAAGUGGAAGUAGCUUUCCAAAGUAUCUUCUGUUCCUGUCAUUUAGGAUUACCACUUUUGCCCAGUCAGACUAAUCGUUCAGCCUGCUCAGCAAGCAUGCAUCUGGUAGAAAGUAUUAGGGCACAGGCUUAUCUUGGAGUGUUCUACCUGAGGGGGCUACAACCUAAGGAAAAGAAAGGUCUGAAGUACUUGUUGCUGGCAGCCAAGAAUGGC